UUAUUCCGUGGUGUGGAUGGAGGACUUUGUGUGCACUGCUGUGGAGAGUGUGUGGUUCUGUACUGUUCUUCCUUUUUUUGAGUUUCUGAUUUCUUCCUUGUCACAAUAAACGUUUAAGUCAUAUGCAGCAGGAAUAAUGGGAACGACGCUCUCCGUCUCCCCGAUGCUGCGGGACGAAGUGGCUGAACACAAGAGGAGAGGCUUGAGCAAACCGAGGUUGAUUGUGUCAGCCUUCGGUUUCAAGCUGGUUAAGCAGAAAAGUGGCAAGAAAGUCAACCCACAUCCUCUACCAUUUCAGACCAUCCAUACCAGAGAAGAUCUGAAAGCACCAUCCCAAAAUUGUCCACCACAGUCUGAAGAAAUCAAGACGUCCUCCCAAAAACUGGAACAAACCAAACUCCCAGUAACCAAGCAGCUGGAAGACGUGCAGAAGAACCAACCAAGCCGCCAGUUCAUCACAUCUCCAGUCCGCAUCGUUCUCCAAACCUCCACAGGUGAGCUGCUGCUCUGUCUGGGUCGAUUCCUGCGCCGUCGCUGCCUUAAAAUCUCUGAUCUGACCUCUAACGAGGUGAUCGCCUGGUUCAGGAACGUGGACCGGACUCUUCUGAUGCAGGGCUGGCAGGAGGAGGGCUUCAUAACGUCGCCCAUCCUCGUCUUCGUCUACCUGCUGUGCCGGGACAGCGUGAGCGAGGACCUCACCAGUCCAGGUGAGCUCCAUGGUGUCUUUCUCACCUGCCUGUACCUGACCUACUCUUACCUGGGCACAGAGAUCUCGUACCCGCUCCAGCCCUUCAUUAUCGAUGACAAUAAAGAGGUGUUCUGGGAGCAGGCUCUGGGCGUCAUCGAUAAACUCAGCUCCGACAUGCUGAGGAUCAACAUGGACCCGCAGUUCUUCACUGAGGUUUUCCAGGAGCUGAAAAGUGAAGGAGAGGUGAAGAACAGGAACAGUCUGGACCGCUGAAAUUCCGGAUUUUGGAUUUUUGUAAUUCUUCGUUCAUCACAUUUUCUUCUUGACGCACUAAAACAGGAAGUGAGUUUGUUUUAAGAGCUGCAGAGGACCGAUACAAUGACGUGUAAAUGUGGACUGUAUAUUUAUUUUAAGAAUCUGAGUCGUCUUUUCUCUUCUCUACGCUUCUCUAAGAUGUUAGUUGAGGUUAAAGACAGUGUUUUUCAUAAACAACUAGAGAGGGUUGUUGUUGUGGACUUGUACAGAAGGUUGUAAAAGUUUGUGUAUACAGUCAUUUAAACCCCAAAAUUAAUCUUAAAUGAUUAAAAACAAGCAAAAGGGAAAUAUGAAAGCUUUUUAUUUUUAUUAUUUUAAAGUCAAAAAUGGACUUUAAUAUUUUUAUUCAGAAGCAAAAAAAAAACAAACUAUAACUGUACAGAUUGCACAGACCCGGGAAUACUGAUGCUGUUAUUGAUGUAAAUAACACCAUAAUUAUCUAAAGCACACUUUAUUUAUUGUGAAAUUAAUGUUUAGUGAUCUGAGUCACUUGGUAUAAAUACAGUAGUGCCCUGUGGCUUGUUUUCCAAUUUUCUUUUUAAAAUAAAUUCAUUGUUAGACAGUGUGUCUUCUGCUGUGUUGCAGUGAACUUGAAAUUUGAGAAAUGUGCCAAUUUUUUACUUUAUUUAACGAUUUUGUGCUCUACUGUAGGUUUUCUGUUAUUACCCUCAGAUGUUUUUAGAGUGUUGGCCGUACUCGGUUAUGAAGUGCGGCUUGUUUGGAUCAGUGUGGUUUUGUCUCUGGGGUUUAUUAAGGACGAAGGUCAGCCUUUAUUGCCACAUACAGCGUACAUGUACAGUACAGUGCAAUUCCUUUCUUCAUAUAUCCUAGCUUGUUAGGAACCUGGAGUUCUGAUGAUAGCUCCUGCUCCUGAGGAGAAGACAGCAGGAUUCAAACUCUCAACCUUCUAAUAAUUGCUUGUGAAUCUUCACCACUGUCCACAGUGAUCUUCAUCACAUCCAUCACUUUAGCCACCAAGGCGACACUGUAAACAUGCUAACGUCAUUCUCCAAACAGACCUUCUGCCUUUCAUCUACAGCUCAAUUCUCUAAAGACUGGAGGAAAAGAGAUUUAAAGAGAAACUGUGGGAUUUGGUUAAAUUAGGUGAAUCCAUGCUUUAAUGAUUUUUUUUUAAAUUUAUUUAUCUGUUAAAAGAGAUCAGAGAAAGUCCAUGAAACACUCUGCCUGCUAGUGAGUUACGUAACAGGAUAAUUCUGGAUUAGUACAGAUUAGUGCUAAUGCUCACAUUAACACUGUUCAGCUCAUGGGUCAGGGGUGGAGUUCAGAUCAGGAGUCAUCAAACAAGCGUGUGUGUGUGUGUGAUUUUUUUUUAAAUGAACCUAUGAGACUUGUGAUAAAACAAUAAUCUCAUUACUCUACAUCUCCAGAGCACAUAUAAAAGCUUUAUUCAUGGAUAAAACAAUCGGUUCGUAGAUGCUUUUCUGCUCACCGCG